AUGAGUUCUAGUGGACUAGAAUGGACACGUCAUUUCGGCCAUUUCCGGUCCGUCCUUCCGACACCCCCUCGUGCUAGCGAUAGACCAACGCACAUUUCCAAAGACCUGAACAUUUCUCCUUUCGUUUUUGUUCGUGUAGACACAGUCAAGAAGUCACUCCAACCACCAUACGACGGACCGUACAAGGUUCUACGGCUCGAACCAAAAUUCUUCGUCUUCGACCGGAAUGGUAUCAAAGAUUCCGUUAGCAUCGACAGGUUGAAACCGGCUUAUUUGGAAACUUCGACUACACCCACGUCGGAUACCCCUUCGACCCCGAUUACCCACCCAACUCCUUCUCACGUACCUGUUAAUUCCCCAGACACCGUUUUACAACCCGUUCCUCACCAUCCCCGACCCCAUUUUACACGUUGUGGCCGUAGGGUUACUUUCCCUUCUCGACUUGUGGAUUUUGUACAUUAG